AUGCUUCUUGUAGCCUGUACUUAUCCAUCCCGCCAUUCUGCAAGGGAUGAAGUAAUUUAUGACCUGACUUUUAGUAUAAGAAGUUGUCUCCCCUCUAGUGGGACCUGUGAUAAUGUACUUUCCCUUAAGCUUGUUACUGGCGAAGAAGAGAAGAAAGGUCACAAAUGGGCUGGGGUUGAUGAAAGUAUCCGCAAGAAGUCAAGGAGAAGCCUAUUUGGUACUGGUUGGAUCAUCUCUUCAGAUCCACAGGAAAAUUUUUGCUCUCUGGCAACAGGUACUCUUGAGGAGAGAAGGAUAUGGAUGUAUCAAGCACAGAAGUUGAUUUCCCUGUGUUUAUUUAUUCUUGCAAAUUGUGAUAACUUCCGUCAAGAGGAUCGAGAUAUUGUUGUUCUUACAUCUCUAGCAAUGCGUUUUGCUGUUGCCUUGACUGAUCUGAAAGGGUGGAAAAGCGUUAGGGACGAUAAUCUUCGGGAUGCAGAAAUUGCAGUGAAGCAUUUAGUUCGGAUUAUGGGAAGUAAGAAGAGUGGGCUGUACAUUUGUAUUAGAAAAUACAUUAGUAAGUUGGAUGCUCCUUUUUCUUCACAAAUGAAUUAUUCUGGCCAGACAGAUGAUAGAUUCCUGAUUACUGCAAGUGCGAUAACUCUAGCUCUACGGCCUUUUCUUAGUGCAAAUUUGGACAUAAAUGACAACAUCCCAUUGGAUACCCAAUGUGCUGCUGAGCAAUAUUGUGUGUUACUGCUUUCAAUUCCUUGGUUUGCUCAACGUUUGCCACCGAUUUCAAAAGAGAAAAUUUUGAAGGAGGUGGCAGAGGUGGAUCCACUGAAAAUGGCUUUUGAUCCCAAGCUGAUUCCACAAGCUGGAUGGCUUCUUGCAAACAUUAUAUUUUUUGCAAUAGGGAGUGAUGGUAAUUCUUUGGAUCCUGGAAAGUUAACACAAGGCAUAGAGUUUGUAUCCUAUAUCCGUGUUGUUAUCAUCCUUGCAGAGGGCUUAUUAGCUUGGGUUGAGAGAGUUGGAUUAAUGAGAAAGGAGAACCAAGGCAUUCAUAGUGAUUGUGAAACUUCUGCUGAAUCUAUUGAUUGUAUGCUGCACAAGACUGAGACAAUUUCUGAGUCCCUAAAGAUGUCAUACAUGGACUUCCUUAAGCCUGUUUGUCAACAGUGGCAUCUUAUAAAACUUCUAGCCUUGGACAAAGAUGGUUUCAUUCACGGGGUUGAUAAUCGGCUGCCAAACAAUCUGGAAUCUCCAGUGAAGUGUGAACUGCUAGAUGUUGUGUAUUAUUAUUCUUACUUGCUUAGAAUAUUUUCAGUUCUGAAUCCUGUGGGUGGGUCAUUGCCUAUUCUUAACAUGUUGUCCUUUACUCCUGGAUUUCUUGUCAAUCUAUGGGCAGCACUGGAAAGAUUCCUUUUCCCUGGAAAGAGUCAUAAUUCUAAGGAUAAUAAUCUUCAUGAAAGUAAAAUUUUCGGAAACAAGAAUAAUGAGGUUUUUGAUAGAAAUAAAAAAAAGGUAGCAAAGGACGCAGGCAAUAAAUGGGUUAAUGUACUGCAUCGAAUUACUGGUAAGACACAAGAUGAUUUUGAUUAUAAUGGUUCAGUCAAUGGUCAACCCAGUAACAACCAUGACGAUGAGGAUUCUUCUGAUAUUUGGGAUAUAGAGCCUUUUAAGCGAGGUCCAGGAGGCAUAUUGAAAGAUACAGCUUGUCUGCUUUAUCUCUUCUGUGCCACCUAUUCCCAUCUGUUGCUAGUUCUUGAUGACAUAGAGUUUUAUGACAAACAGGUUCCCUUCACACUGGAGCAGCAAAGAAGAGUUGCAGCAACGCUUAAUACAUUAGGGUAUAAUGCCUUUUCCCAUGGUAUCAGCCAUCAGAAUAGACCUCUUAUGGAUGCAGCCGUGCGAUGCCUGCAUUUAUUGUAUGAAAGGGAUUGCAGACGCCAGUUUUGCCCUCCUGCGUUGUGGCUUUCACCUGCUAGGAAGAAUCGACCACCUAUUGCAGUAGCUGCCAGGACUCAUGAAGUUCUGUCAGCUACAGUAAGUGUGGAUGAUACUCUGACCAGUCCAAGCAUGGGUUCUGUCAUCACUACUACUCCACAUGUCUUUCCAUUUGAAGAAAGGUAA